AUAUGAAUUGAAAUUUGAAAUGAAACCAAAUCAACAAAAAAGUAACCAACUAAUAUUCUCUCGUUGCCGCUUCUUUUCCUUUGCUCAACCGUAUCGUAACACAACUAAACCUGCAAAAAUUGUUCACACUCUUCAAUACAAACCUUUUCUUUGAUUCCUUCAUCUAGGAAAAAGAUGAAACCCAAUUCGGAACUCAAAACGACUUGGUUAUAUGGUAACAGAAAGCGGAUGAAGAUUGACAGUCGUGAUGAUCUUUUGGAUAUAUUUCUUGAUUACCGUGCAAAUAUUCUUUCCAAAUGCUCUGCACCUUUGUCUGGUUGGAAACAUCAUUUAGAACUCAUGGUAUUGCCUCUGGAUAAUAUAGGUAAUGGUGAAACUCUAAUGAAUAGUGGCUCCAUUUGGGAGGUAUUAGUCCUAGAUGCUAUAGCUCGAGGGUGUUUUCAUAGUGCUGAUGAGGAUGAGAGGUUGUCUCAUGUUAUUGCAAUUGCCAUUAUUGAGCUUGGUCAAGUCGGUGAUCUACUGAAUAUGAAUUAUCUGCUCUUUAGAAAAGCAAGAUGGAAGGUUUGCUUCAAUCAAAGUUUUCGGUUCUCUAUGACAAGAAUCAAUAGCACUGAGGAUUGCAAGAAA